AUGGAUAACACGCAAAAGAGAGCCAGGGAUUUAUUAGACAUCUUAGUGUUCCUCUUUAGUCUUAUCUCAGGGUCUCAAACAUACAAUCUUAACAAUGAACUGGACCUCCACGCCGCCAUAUUCAACUCUACGUACGACAGAAACGUCCGACCAGGGUUUAACAGGGACAUCCCAUUACAAAUUGAUUGCGGCUUCAUCUUAAAAAGCGUCAAGGAGUUGGAUGAAUCCCUCGGUAAAUUCUCAGUUACGGGAGCUCUAGGUCUCUAUUGGACUGACGAUCGUUUGAUUUGGAAUCCACAGCACUACGGUGGGAAUCUAGACUCCAUUAUUGUCCCCCAAAAGAAGAUAUGGGUACCAUUUUUGAUGAAUAUGCAUGAUUAUGGUGAAGUAAAAUAUACUGGACACGAGGAAUUGAGUCUGAGGAUAAAUAGUAGCGGAUCUGUAUCGUGGAGUAUUCCAAACCUUUACGAAAGUACGUGUCACUUCGAUUUCUCCAAUUACCCUUUUGAUUCUCAGACCUGUACGUUACCGUUCUAUGUAACCUUAUACAGACCACCGGAGGUGUUAUUUUUUAUCUCAAAUAAAACCGCAAACAUGUUGAUAUACAGUCCGAAUGGUCUGUGGAAUGUAACAAAAACACAGAUUUACACCACAACCAACGCACUUGGGUUUCAAGAGGUACGAGUAUCCGUUAGUCUGAAGAGACGAUCAGCGUACUAUAUAUCUAGUCUAAUCCUCCCGAUUUUUUCCCUCUCUUUCCUCCAGUUAUUUGUAUUUCUAAUGCCGCCUGAAUCUGGUGAACGUGUUGGAUUUUCUGUCACCGUCCUGUUGGCUGUCGCUGUCUAUCUGACGUUGAUACAAGACAAAUUACCAGAAGCUUCAGAGCCCAGCGUGGCCUACCUCAGCUACAAACUCUUGGUAGACUUCAUCAUAGGAAUAUUCAUCGUGGUCGGAGUCAUCAUGGGAUUGCGCUUUUAUCACCGUGAGGAGGAAAAACCUAUUUCAAAAUUUUUUCAGAUGUUUCACAGAAUAAUGCUUUCCAAUGCUUGCUGGAGCUCUCAGUUCAGGAGGAAAGUCACAGACGCCAAGAUUGUAUCUGUUGAAGAUGAUACUGUAAAAAAGGUAUUUGCUGAAGAUGUUACUGUAAAUACCACCAUUAAUGCCUUGACCUGGAAGGAUAUCGGAAUGGCCAUGGACCGCUUCUGUUUAAUUUUAACUGGUCUUUCUAUGACAACGUGUAACUUUGUUUAUUUCCUAGUUAUUGCUUUAUGA